AUGUAUAUUCCACAGAAACGUUCAGAUGGCCAAAGGACUAAGGACAAGAUAUUCAUCAUUAUUGCUGUCUCCAUAAUCUUCGCGAUCGCAGUUUGCGUGAGCACCUACUUUCUAUUCCGGUAUCUCCGACAACGUCAAUACGCACCAAAAUACCUCCCGGGAAAGUUCCUCAAGCAAAAAUGGCAAAAGUGGUCCCCAGGAAGUGCCUCGUACGGCCAGGUCCCGAACCAAACGGCAAAUGGACAAGACACCUCGUAUCCCGGAGCCGCUGGAGCUGCGGCAGCACCGGAAAUGCAAACCGCUGAUGUCCGCCGUGAAACAUCCAUUCGGUCUAUCAUGACCCUGCCCUCCUAUUCCCUCAGCCCCAAGCCGACCGAACAAGUCAUCGCGCGCGAAGGGGAACGCGCGGGAAUGGACAUGGUGGUGGAAUACCCGGAGACCACGGAAGAGCAGGAAGCUCGUCGGGAGGAACAAAUGGAUUCGCUAUAUCAGAUCCGUCUGCAGCGCCGACAGGCACUUGCCGAUCGCGAAGCCCGCCGUCGGGAACGACAAGAAGCCCGGGAGCGUGGAGAUUUCGCACGUCUCGAGGAGCUCAACGCCGAAGCGCGCGACCGGGCGCGACGCCGCCGGGCAGGAACCAACGGUGCCGCCGAUAUCGAGAUAGACACAGCCGCCGCUCUAGCUGAACAUCGAUCGCGGGAGCGAGGACGUCGCGUCUCCAGUGUCAGCUAUGCGGAAAUUGGCCAUGUUCGCCACGAUGGCUCGCGACUUCGAGCCGACUCGCACAAUUCUGACACGCACGAUUCCGAUCGCCGACCGCUGCUGCAAGGUGACGCUGGCAGCUUCUCCGCACCAUCCUUUGAACCAUCCAGCCUCGACUCGCGCGGUCGCUCUGUCGCUUCGUCGAUCGUGAGUCAAUCCAGCCUCGGCGGGGAGCUUGAACCAUUAUCUCUCGCUCCAACCACGACACACGGAUCAAGUCGACCGGUUUCGCAAGGCGAUGACGGGGAUUUGGGAAUGCUUAAUAUACCUCCACCUCCAGAGUACGAUCAACUGGAAUGGGGCGAUGCUCCUGCGUAUCAAAGUCCUGUCACGGGGCAAACCGAUCACAGCCGGCAACUACCAACUAUCAACCGCUUACCUUCUAUCCACGUCAAUUUGCCGAAUUCCAUGCCUGUUUCCCCCGUGACCCCGACCCAAUCGCAGUAUAACCAGGGCUUCCCAACGCCGAGAGGGCCGGCGCAUACUACAACCGAGACUUCAUAA